UUGGUCUUUCGUUCCUCUGCUUACACUGUGAUUCUAAAGAGUAUCUUUUCUUCAACGAAAUGGCGAAGAAGAAGAAAGGUAGGGUUUCUGAAGAAAACAAAGAGGAAGAUCAGAACCAAGAGGAUCUCAAACAAUCUCCGAAGAGAGAGAAAAGUUUGUAUGAGGGGAAGGCAGUUUUGAUAGCCAUGUGAUGCCCGCUCCUCCUCAAACACCCAAUCUAGCAGGGCUGGGUCGGGCUGGUCAUAGGUUCAAAUCCUGCCACCUUUCUUGUAGAGUAUCCUGUGGUUACCAGAUGAUGUUAAUAACAAAUCCGGGAAGCAAGCUAGUUAGGAGGGAAGCAAACACUGGCAGGGUGAACUCUUGUAUGGAUUUCCCACGAGCCCUGGGCAGGUCGGCUGGGUCUUCCCUGAUGUCCUGUUUCCACCGUGAUGGCUGUGUACUCCCUCCCCCCUCUUUUUCUCUUCAAACAUUUCCUUAAAGAUUCUUGGAGUGCAUCUCAACAGGAAAUAAAGAAAGAGUACUACAAACUGGCAUUGCGUCUUCAUCCAGCCAAAGAGAAAUUUCAACAACUCCAAAAGGUGAUAUGAAUUCUUGGAAAUGAAGAGAAAAAGGGCACUUUACGAUCAGACUGGUUGUGUUGAUGAUGCUGACCUUCAUGGGGAAGUUUCUCAAAAUUUGCAAGAGUAUUUCAGAACAAUAUACAAAAAGGUAACUGAGGCUGAUAUUGAAGAGUUUGAAGCAAACUACAGAGGAUCUGAUUCAGAGGCGAACGAUUUGAAGGAUCUGUAUCAGAAGUACAAGGGUAAUUUGAGCAGGCUUUUCUGUUCAAUGAUCAGUUCAGAUCCUACACUGGACUCACAUCGAUUCAAUGAUAUCCUUGAUGAGGCAAUAGCAGCUGGUUCCUCUGCUGCUUCCUGUAUCUUCAACUCCAAGGUUUUGGGUAUCAAUGGUAUCUGAAGUAUUUGGAAAAGGAAAAUUUUGGCUUGGGACAAGAGAAAGAGGGCUAAGUGACUUUUUACACUCUUCAUUAACAAUAUCAGAUCAAAACUGACCAGUCGGAGGAGCCCAAUCUAGCAACUUCGAAUUUAGCUCUUGGGUUUAUCUUGGGUAGUUACUUCUUGUUUGGUUAGUUGUAAAGUGAGUGAAAACAGUUAUGAUUAUAGGAUGAUUGGGUGAGUUGGCUUUGAACAAAGAUUUCCUGGAGCCAUUGGUAUUGGGCCGAUCCAGAUAGUAGUAAUCAACUUAAACCUGCUAGGUUCAGUAGUGGCCCGUUUUUGAUUGAAAUAUGCUCAAGCAUGAUACUUUGUUCACAUAUAGCUAAUGGGUAACAAAACCUAGCCCGAAUUGGUAAAACCAGCCGGAACCAACCCAAAAAACCCAAAUCAAUUUGAAUUGAUUCUUUUUGGAUAGGUUUUGGACUGAUUUUUAAUGAGAUCGGCUGAAGAUUGGACCGCACUGAACCUAAUGGUAUGCAGAUCGAUAACUUCAAAUGAAACCGAUAAAAAUAUCAUUGAGUACGUUGUGAAUAAGAGAAUUGAUUAUCCAUUGAUUUAAAUAUUAGUGAGAAGAUUUCUGAUUGUAAGGGUAAUUAUUACAAGUGAAUGAGUACGAGGUUAUGAAUAGGAAAAUUAAAUUCUACAAAAAAAUAAAAAGGAAAUUGAUUUUUAACAAUGAUUACAUUCAUCUCGUUGUUUACUAUAUAAAAAUUAGUUGGAUUAAAUGAAUGAUUUGAUAGUAGGGUUUAUUUGUAAUUUCAAUAUUAGUGUUUCUCACUCAUUUGUAAUCCAUUGAUUUCAAUAAUAGUUAUUUUCCCCUAAAAAUGAUAAAUAAUGAUUGGAUUUGUAACAAUGAUAUCUGCUACAAUCUCUAUUUAUUAAUUAUUUAAAUAUUAUUUAUCUUCCCCUCACAAUGUAUUCCCUUUUGUUCUGAUUACAACAUUAACACAUCAAAACAAUUUCUCUAUUCCUAGUUCUUAAUAUGUUUGACUUGCGGAAGAUGAUUUAAAGUGUUUUUACAUAAUCUUUCCUCACUAUAUAUUGUAAAUGUAAGAUUUCAUUGUGGUUCAAGCUCAAAAACAAACUAAUCUAAACCGGUAGUAAUCCAAUACUGAAAAAUCAAAAUAAACUGAAAUUGAACUGUACCGAAAUCGAAGUUCCUUUAAUGAUAUGGUUGUGGUCUCGCUCAUUCCCAAACUGAAACAGUUUCAGCCCAACCAAAACUGGGCCCAAUAAAUUCAUUACUAGUGGGGGUAUUAGGAUCCAGAUUCAAUUACUUGUUGAUCAUGUGCAACAAGAGUAGCCACCAAUAUCUUUGAUUGCUUAAAUGGUAAGAACUAAGGGCUCAUUUGAUUUUGUUUCUCUUGUUUCUAUGUCUAGAAAUAGUAGAAACGGUUUUUUC